AUGAACCAGCCCGACUGGCUCCUGCCCAUCGACUACCAGGACGAGCUCGGCAACACGCUCCUCUCCGUGGCCGUGCAGAACGGCAACAAGCGCAUCGCGAAGCUCACGCUGCGCCGCGGCGCGAACAUCAACCUGCCCAACAACAACGGGCAGACCGUGCUCCACUACGCCUACGCCUACGGCUUCGAGGACAUCGCCGAGUACCUCAAGUCCAAGGGCGCGGACGACCGCCCGAAGAACUCCGACGGCCUCACGUGCUACGAGGGGCUCUCCAUGCAGGAGAUCGAGGCCAUCUAA